GGUGGAGGCAGCAGGAGUGAGAGUGGGUAAGGGGCUUCGAGAAGGAAACGGCGGUAGCGCCCCCAGUCGGUGGUACGGGACGCGAGCGCGGCUGCCUGCGAAGCGCCAGGUUAUCGCGAACGCACCAGCUGAGCCCUCUGUAACUGGAGCCCCCGCGCCAGUUUGUUUUGGGAGCCCACCAGGAGGAGCCUGACCAUUCUGCCUUUUGUGGCCACAAUGCUGACAGCCCGCCUCUCCAGACCCCUGUCACAGCUCCCAAGGAAAACCCUGAAUUUCUCUGAUAGAGAAAAUGGGACAAGAGGCUCGCUGCUGUUUUACUCUGCGCCCUUUGUCCCUGCUGGCCAUCGGACUUACGCUGCUUCAGUGGACCCGGUUGGCAGCAAAGCUGUGCUGAUCACAGGCUGUGACUCAGGAUUUGGGUUCUCCUUGGCCAAGCAUCUGCAUUCAGAAGGCUUCCUUGUGUUUGCUGGCUGUUUAAUGAAGGACAAAGGGAGUGAUGGGGUCAAAGAGCUGGACAGCAUGAAGAGUGAUCGCUUAAGAACUGUCCAGCUCAACGUCUGCAAAAGUGAAGAGGUGGAUAAAGCAGCAGAGGUCAUCCGUUCAAGCCUGGAGGACCCUGAGAAAGGCUUAUGGGGCCUGGUUAACAAUGCGGGCAUCUCGACGUUUGGAGAUGUGGAGUUCACCAGCAUGGAGACCUACAAGGAGGUGGCGGAAGUGAACCUCUGGGGCACUGUUCGGGUGACGAAAGCCUUCCUCCCCCUCAUCCGGAGGGCAAAAGGCCGCGUGGUUAACAUCAGCAGCAUGAUGGGCCGCAUGGCCAACGUGGCCCGCUCCCCGUACUGCAUCACCAAGUUCGGGGUGGAGGCUUUCUCUGACUGCCUGCGCUACGAGAUGCACCCGCUGGGAGUGAAGGUCAGUGUGGUGGAACCCGGAAACUUCAUCGCCGCCACCAGCCUCUACGGCGGCACUGAGCGCAUCCACGCCAUCGCCAACAAGAUGUGGGAGGAGCUGCCUGAGGUGGUGCGCCAGGACUACGGCAGGAAGUAUUUCGAUGAGAAGGUCGCCAGGAUGGAGAGCUACUGCACCAGCGGCUCCACAGACACCUCCCCUGUCAUCAAGGCUGUGACCCACGCCCUGACUGCCGCCACUCCCUACACUCGCUACCACCCCAUGGACUACUACUGGUGGCUGCGGAUGCAGAUCAUGACCCACUUCCCCGGAGCCAUCUCCGACAGGAUCUAUAUCCACUGACAAGUUUCACUCUGGCCUCUGCUGGGGAGCCCUGGGUGUGGGGGAGGAGGAUGGAGGGAGGGCAGGGGAGGGGCUUGUGCCAUCACCUCUUGUCUCACUGGUGGAUUAGUCCCACCCCAGGAGGACCCGCCACCAGUCUGAGCAUUAACUAGAGCAGGUAGCCCAGCCCAAUUUACAUACCCAGUGAAUGGCUCAGGCCUUCUCAGUUGGGGUGCAGAGUGGUGGGCAGGGCCCCCAAACCUCAGGGCAAACAUGGUGCAUCUGUCUUUCUGGAGUUGAUUUUAUACAAAGAUUUUAGGUAGAUAUCUUUAUGUUAACAACAGAUUUAUUAUAAAAUAGAAUACAAAUCCUUUAUAUUUUAAAGCCAAACACCAGUUGAAAAAAUAUAUCUAAUUUGAGCCUUAAACCAGCCUCAUAAGUUAAAAGAAUGGGUAUUUUUUUCUUUUGUACAUGAAGCAUUUUUGGCCCAAAGAGGAUACGUGAGUUGCCCUUUUAUUGCUUAUAAGUCAAUUUUGCUUAUAUUGAUUUCUAUAAAAUAUAAAGGUCCAAGGUGUGUGUUCCUGCCACUUCUGUAGAAGUGAUUCACGGUUUAUGUUCCAGGGCAGCUCUUCACGUUUUAUGUUCCGGGGUGGCUCUUCACAUUUUAUGUUCCGGGCUGGCUCUUCACGUUUUAUGUUCCGGGCUGGCUCUUCACGUUUUAUAUUCCGGGGUGGCUUUUCACAUUUUAUGUUCCGGGGUGGCUCUGGGGCCAGUCACUGGAGGAUCCGCGAUGAGCUCUGCACCCUCCUUGCCUCAGCCGUGCCCACCACGUGCCCACCGUGCACCUCUCUGCAUGUCCUUGGUGUUGCUGUGUGCAGCCUGCAGCCGGCGAUUCAGAGCUGAGUGAAGGGGGUGGCAACAUUCUGGAGAUUUACAUUUGAGGUUUCUCCAACCUGUUUUAGGACAAACGUGUGGAGGUGCUCAAUGGCUAAGGGGUAGUUUGUUUCUAGUUUGGAUCCGCUUGGUUCUGCCCAGGGUGGGAUGCAUGCUGAUGGGGCUUCCUUGGCAGAAGCUGUGAUAUAUAGGACGUGCACUGUGGCAUCUUCUCCCCUGGGAGGGUCCAGGUUCCCUGUCUGUCUCAUGUGGUGCUUGCACACACACCUGUUGUAUGCACUCUAGUGUGGCCUUCAUUGACCGCUCACCUUCCAGCUAUGGCCUUAUUUUUAAUUAAGCCAGGUUACUGAUAAGUAGUUUGUGUUAUCACUUCUUGGGUUUUGCUUUGAAGGCUAAACUCAUAGUAUCCCUGAAAUUGUCCAGAACCUGCAUGUUUGGACCAGAACCAGGCAACACCCUUUCCUAGGUAGCUGCAGACCUUGAGACAGGGCCCUGAGUUCCAGCCCUGCAAAUCAAACCAGCCCUUCUGCCUCGCCCUGAAAGGGCCAGGCCUGCCGCUAGAGGGCGCCCUGCCUCCUUCACAGCCGGAGUGGCCUCAGCUCCCGAUUUGGGAGCUUCCACCAAGGCCUGAGGUAUCAAAGGGCUAGUGCUUCCCACCUUGGAAGAACUCCAGGCACAAAGACACAAAGCCUCUUUAGAAACAAUGUUCCUGCUCUUCUAGUAGUUUCCUGGAUUGAACAUGGAGUCUGGUUCCAGAAGAAGGCAGAACCUGGGCAGCUGGAACCUGCCACAGGGCUCAGGCAAAGCCAAAGAAGAGGGGGUCUCACAGCCAUUGAAUUCAGCUUACCUGUUAGGGAUUUGUCCCCUGUGUUGUCAAUCAGGGACGCCCUGCCCAGCUCACUGUGUGCAGAGUGAGGCCCAGAGGGCCUGUGUGGGUGACAGGUGGGCAGGGAGGCUGAAACCCUCCAGAAACCCUGGGAGGGACACUUGAUGGCCCUUGCCUUUCCACAACAAGAAGACCUUUUGAAUCACAGAACUUGCUUUUCAGAAUCUCAUUUUUUAUAUCUUGGGAGAUUUUGUGUCCAUGCCUAAUUUUAUUAAGGAAAAAUGUAUGCAGCAGUUGUUCAUGUGCAUGGACGCCUGGGAACUGGCAGGAAAGGGAGAUGGUCACAUUCUGUGGGUCAGGAUCAGUAGUAAACCGGACACUGGAGAAGCCACGUCUGCAUCUGGGACCUCCAGGAGUAAGUCAGAACUGCUACGCUGCCCUGCAGGCCAUCCUGAUUUCUAAUUUUUACCCCAGUGAUUGAAAAACCCAGAACAACUUCCCUCCAGAUGACCUCAAAGCUAAUUAAAACCUGAUGUGAAGAACUGACUCAUUGGAAAAGACCCUGAUGCUGGGAAAGAUUGAAGGCAGGAGAAGGGGACGACAGAGGAUGAGAUGCUUGGAUGGCAUCACUGACUCGAUGGACAUGAGUUUGAGUAUGCUCCGGGAGUUCGUGAUGGACAGGGAAGCCUGGCAUGCUGCAGUCCAUGGGGUCACACAGAGUCGGACAUGAUUGAGCGACUGAACUGAAUUAAAACCUCACAAUUACCAUUCACCUUCUGGUG